ACUGUAGGAAGAUGGCCGGAACUGGAAAUAUCAGUGUUGUUGAAGAUGAGGAAAAUGUAUACACUGGAACUAGAGUCCGACCCUUUGUCCCCACACCAAGGGUAGAACAAAGGAGAGUUGGGGAUCAUGAGAAGAAGCAAAAUCCCACAACCUUGAACAGUAUUUUAUCCCCCAAAGAGCUUUUCUCCUUGGAGGUUUGGAGAGCAUCUUUGGCAGAGCUCCUUGGAACAGCAGUGUUGGUGUUUGCAAUGGACACCAUAGUCAUCUCCUCCUACGAGACACAAACAAAUAUGCCGCACCUUAUAAUGUCAUUUCUUAUUGGUGUCACCAUCACAGUUCUCCUCCUAGCUACGUUUCCCAUCUCCGGUGGCCACAUCAACCCCGUCAUCAGCCUGGCCGCGGCGCUUUCCGGUGUUAUUUCGCUCUCACGCGCCGUCGUAUAUAUAUUGGCUCAAUGUGUUGGGGGAGUUCUAGGGGCACUUGCAUUGCAAGCUGUGGUAAACACCAACAUUGAGCAAACGUUUUCUCUCGGUGGCUGCACACUCACAAUUGUUGUGCCGAGUGCAACCGGUCCUUCCGUUAUCGGUCUCCGAACGAUCCAGGCGUUAUGGCUCGAGAUAAUUUGCACCUUUGUGUUCCUCUUUGGUUCCAUAUGGAUUGCUUUUGAUAAACGUCAGGCCAGGCACUUGGGUCGAGUUGUAGUUUGCUCGAUCAUCGGUGUCGUGGUCGGCCUUAUCGUGUUUAUAUCGACGACUGUAACUUCCGCCAAGGGCUACGCCGGGGUUGGGAUGAACCCGGCAAGAUGUUUGGGGCCGGCUUUGAUUAGAGGCGGCCACCUUUGGAACGGACACUGGGUUUUUUGGGCGGGACCUGCCAUUGCUUGUGGAGCGUUUGCUCUUUAUACAAAGCUCAUCCCAAGUGAACUGUUGCAUAACUGAAUGCCCCAAACCACGAUGUCAAAAAUAAUAUAUAUAUAUAUAGAGAGAGAGAGAGCUC